AUGUCGGGCCGGGGAAAGUCCGGCGGCAAGGCGCGGGCCAAGGCCAAGUCGCGCUCGUCGCGGGCCGGGCUGCAGUUCCCCGUGGGCCGGGUGCACCGGCUGCUGCGGAAGGGUAACUACGCGGAGCGGGUGGGUGCCGGGGCACCCGUGUACCUGGCGGCAGUGCUGGAGUACCUCUCGGCCGAGAUCCUGGAGCUGGCGGGCAACGCGGCCCGUGACAACAAGAAGACGCGCAUCAUCCCGCGGCACCUGCAGCUCGCCAUCCGCAACGACGAGGAGCUCAACAAGCUGCUGGGCGGCGUGACCAUCGCCCAGGGCGGUGUCCUGCCCAACAUCCAGGCCGUGCUGCUGCCCAAGAAGACGCAGAGCUCCAAGAAGUGAGCGCUGCCCCUGGCCCCCCUCCCAGCCCCCUCCUCACUACUGCCCCACCUCCCCUCCCAGUGGGGCUGGGGGUCCCUUCCUGCCCCCCAGCUCAGGCUGGCGGGGGAGCCCUGGCAGCACCCUGCCAGCCCUUCACUAGCCCCACAGCCUGGGCUGCAGUGGGGUGUGGGGAGAGCAUGGGUGAGGUCAGGCCCUGCUUGUGCCCCGACCCUGCCCCUCUUCCCUCUGCAAGAAGUGUUUUUGGAGGAGGCAGCUGGAUCACAGCUGUUGGCAGUGGUGGCAUCUGGAGCUGUAUGGUUGGGUGAUGGUGUAAAGCUGCUUGUAGCUGCUGAGGAUUGUUUCGGCUGGCGUGGGGAUGGACACGGGCACCCCCGGCUGCCUCUCCCCUCCGCCAGCCCUGGGGCUGUGUAGGGCCCUCCCAGCCAGCCCUGCUCGCCCAGGCGUGAGGAUGGGACUUGCUGCUGCUGUGCUGCCUCCCCCUGCCACCCCCCGC